AUGGGAACUGGGGAAUGGAUCAGCUGCAGCCUGAGCGCCCUGGGGCUGGUCAUCAGCGCCCUCUGCAACAAGGAGCCGCACAUCCCGUACCGGAACAGCAAACUGACCUUCCUGCUGCAGAACUGCCUGGGGGGGCACGCCAAAGUGCUGAUGAUUGUGACCAUCUCCCCCCUGGAGGAGAACUUUGCGGAGUCGCUGAACUCGCUGCGCUUUGCCAGCAAGGUGAACGAGUGCAUGAUCGGCACCGCCCAGGCCAACCGGAAGUGACGCAACACCUGUUUUUCCGCCUUUUUAAAGUAUCAACCAAUAAAGAUUUGCAUUUCCACAAA